UCUCCUUCUCUCCACCCCUUCUGCACCAACUCCCCUUCCGCUCCACCACCCCUUAUCCACCUCCCUCUCCUGACAUGAAAGUGAAUCCUUGCGACACGUUGUAAAAUCUGCAGCCCUGAGGGGAUGAGGUCUGUAUGGGUAAAAUGAAAGGACUCCACAGUAAACGUGCAGUACAGAACAGUACAUAAAUUGUUAAAGAUGGCGGAAAGCCUGGACAUGGAGCAGCUGAUGAACUCCUUUAAGAAGUUUGCAAUCCAUGGCGACACUAAGGCUACAGGGAAAGAGAUGAACGGGAAGAACUGGGCGAAACUCUGUAAGGACUGCAAGAUCAUCGAUGGGAAGAAUGUCACAGGCACCGACGUGGACAUCGUCUUUACCAAAGUCAAAGCAAAGACAUCCCGGGUCAUCACCUACGAAGAGUUCCAGAAAGCCUUGGAGGAGCUGGCCCCUAAGAGGUUCAAAGGUCAGAGCAAAGAGGAGGCCCUGCAGUCGGUUCACAAGCUGAUCGAGGGCAAGGAGCCCACCAAUGUAGGAGUCACGAAGGUGGCCAAGACCGCCGCAGUGGACAGGCUCACGGACACAUCCAAGUACACGGGCUCCCACAAGGAGCGUUUCGAUGAGAGCGGGAGAGGGAAAGGCAAGGGCGGCCGGGAGGAGCUGGUGGAGAACACGGGCUACGUCGGCUCCUACAAGAACGCCGGGACGUACGAGGAGAAGACCAAGGCCAAGUAGAUCAGAGGAGGCUGGUGAGGGGUGGAGGGGCUCACAACAAUGUCCGGAAUGGACCUGAAGCCAGGUGUUCCAUUCCUGCUUUUAGUAUGUGCACUUCUUCAGCUUUGAAAUGACACCAGCCACCGUUGAAGUCGACCGCCAGGGUUAGGGCCAGGCCUUCUGGAGGCUUGCCCACAGCUGGAGCUUUCUAUUCCCCCAUUGUCCCGUGUCAGAUGGCGUCCGGAGCGGAUCCGGUGAAAUGAACGUGACGCAAGACGGUCAUCUCCCCACCACUCUGAGCUUGGCUCUGAAGCGAAACAGUCUGGACCAAAUUCCUCCCUAAACUCAGAACCUUGACUCUUAACCUGAGGCUGACCCAUAUGUUUACCCCUGCAUUUAACCAUUAGAGAGGCUGUGAUGACCUCAACUGAGAUAGGACAGCAUUCACAGAUUACCUGAUAAACUGUACAUUGACCUGAACGCCCGACCACACCUAUUACCCAGAGUCAUACAUUUAUCCCCAGGUUUUAGUCAAAUACCUGGAUUACAGUUAUUCUUGUCUAAAAGUAGACAUAUGGAGAAAAUUAUAAUUAAACUAGAUAUAUGAAUAUAUACUCAACUUACAGUAUUUCAAGUAACUUUGUACACUUAAAAUGAUUGUCCAUCCGUGACCGAAAGUGAUGGUGUGCAAGUGAUGUUCUGGUCAAUGCGUUUGUUGCGUUGUGAUGCAUUAUCGAUGACUCCUCCGCAUUCUGUAGCUGUGAUGUUAUCUCUCCAAUAACAUUACAUUGGGGAAAUCGGAGGGAAACAAUGAACUGUAACUGGAUGUCUAGAAUUGUCCCAAAUUCUAAAAUUUGGCGCCAUGUUCUUGACCUUGUUGAGCCGCACUGGGAGAUUCUGAUGCAAGCGUUGGUCUGGUGUGAAAACAUCAAGCCGACAGUCAAAAUCCAUUGCAUGAUUCGAGACAAGAAAACACAAACUGGGCGCUAAGUUUCCGUGUCUUCUCAGUUUUGAAUGGUUUCCUUUUUCUACAUUACAGUAGUUUAGUUUAGCUUUUUAGGCCUACCGCUUUAGGAUUAAAGUUUUACAACUAUUGUUAUAUUUUGACACUAUAUCGGUUCGUAUUUUGUUAUUCAACAUUGAUCUUUGUGUAUUUUCUGUUUUUGUUUCUUUCAUUGUGUUUGUUUUAUUGACAGUGCAGAAACUGGAAAAUGGCUGCACUGGAGCUGAUUUUAAUGUAUAAAAGUUUUAAUAAAUAGUAUCUCUUUA